AGCUGUGUGGUGCAAAAUGUUUCCAGAAAGUUUUUGAAUCUGUACCAUGAAGAAUUAAGGCACCCCUGAAGGCAAAACGAGGUGCUAACAAUGAAUAAAGUGGCCAGUGAGUAAAGAUGACCAUAGAGUGUAAUAAAGUAAACUUAAAUUCUGCAAAAGCGAGAUUAAAAGCAUCCUGGCUAAAAAUAUUUGCAUUGCUUCCAUUUGAAAUUUGCAUUGAGGAAAAAAAUGACUAAGAGCGCCAUAUAUUUCCUGACACCAACUGUCAGAAUUUGAAAAAGGAUGGUUGCGAAAGUGCAAACCUAAAACAAUAAACGCUCAUUUUAAGUUGUGAUGGAAAACUACUAUGAAGACACAUACUCUUCCCCUUUCUGCCUCACAGUCUGGAAAAACAAUUAGAUCGUGUUCACUCAGAGACACAUUUUCCCAGACACACAGGCUGAGCUUGGUUUGGUUGCAGAAGAGCUGCACGUGAGGCUUUUGUAGCGUGUAACCCCGUCCAGUAUUUGUCCUGGAGCAUGAGGGGAGAAGCAGUCUGCUGUCAGGAUUUUGGGCUCUGAGGCACAGAGAUACAGACAGAGUGGUUUUGGCAGUAAUGUAAUUGUACCAUUAAUGAGAGUAGAGCCGCUUUUUUUUUAUUAGAAAUGAAAUUGGUGCAUUUACUUCAUGACUUUGUUUCCUUCUCGAGUAUGUUAGUCUUUGCAAACUCAGCGUUUGCAUCUUUCUACAUUAAAUACCUAUUUUUGCUUAUGUUUAGUGUCCUAAUCUCACUAACCACGAGCCGACCACAUCCUCUUCGCACAGUCUCACUGGAGGGUCUCGCGCUGUAAGCAAACAUGGCAUGUGCUACGAGGCAGAGCUGUGAUUGGCUAGAAAGAUCACCUCACAGCAUCAGACCUGGCUGACAGACUGGUGACUUUAAACGCUUACGAAGCUUCCACUGCUUCCCGCUGCCAAAGACUUAAGUAAAGUGAGAUGUCUUGCUAUAGAUUUAUUUUUUUUGUUAUCAGGUUUACAAGUUUAAUGCGACUGGAUGUAAACGGUCACGAAAGAGCAUAAAGUCACUCUCUAGGCACAGAAGAGCUCCGACAAAGUAAGAAAGAGGGUAAUUUUGUUGCCACUGUGGCAACUGAAUCGAUUUUUUCUUUCUUCUUGGCAACUCAACAGCUCGACGCUGAUUGGCCAACUAACGGGCCGGUUUGUUUUUUUUUGUAAGUGACGUCAUGCAGUGACAGGACUCCUGAGUGAGAGGAACAGACUCGCUUAGAGAGAGUCAACGCUUUAACUUAAACGGUAGCGUUUUUGCUCCAUGCUCCCAGGAGCUGCAUCCGGGCAUCAGACAUCACCUGUAUCGAGGAACAGGAGGUCUUUUAAAAUGUUUCGUUGUUUUAUUAUUCCCGGUUGAUGAAACGCUCGUCUCCCGUGUGUUGGUUAAAAGGCAGCCCCUCAGCUCAAACAGGUAUGUUUUGGAUUGUUUAUGUAUAUUUGACUGCACCUGACUCUGAGAUUAAACCGAUGAUAAACUGUCUUUAUUUACUCUGUAGAUGUCUGUUAUAACCACGCUGGCCACUUGUGUGUCUUUUAUCUGUCUUUACGCUCAUUAAGCUUUUUUCAUUCAUCACAAAAAAUUCCCGUUUGCCCUGUCAGGAGGUAUAUGAGUCAGCUGUUUACCAUAUCGAUUAGACCUUAUUACACUUUUAGGUGUUUAAACAUGCGUUAUGGAAGCUGAUUUGUCACAUCACGUGUUUUUUAUUUAAAAUUUUAAAUAAAGGAAUUUCCUUACAUGUAGAAGGUUUUAUUUUCUUACAUAAUCAGGAAUAGAUUGCAUCUUGUACUGUGUGUUUCUGUGUAUUGAUGUGGGACUGAACAAAUUAUCUGCUAAGCUGUUCAGCCAGACUCUUCCAAAUGAACAUACCACAGCUAAACACAAGUGGAUGGAAGGAUGGAUCCUUUAUUGAUCCCACUGGGGAAAUUAUUUGGUCACAGAGCAGGAUGUGCCACAGGCAUAUACUGUGAGCCUUAUACUAUGAAAAAAUUUGCACACAACGGUGAUUAAAAAAAAAAAAAACCCCAAACAAAUAUAAUAAAAAUGAGAUUAAGUUGAAUAGUAAACAGUAAUGUACCAGAGAGUAGUGCUAAUUACAUUAAUGAAUAGCAUCCACACUAUAAUUCUAAAAAUAAAUUAAUUAAUUAAUUAAUACAAAGAGUGGAUCUAUUACUUUCUUCCAUGUUUCCUGUCAUAUAUACACUGUUCCAGUGGUGGAUGCUCAGGCUUUAUAAAGGCUCAGUUUAAGAUAAAUAAGGAUUCUUUUCAACUGUGAAUAAUACUAAGCUAUUCUAAAGGAUACAAAUGUGGCGCUGAAAAAGUGCAUAAAAGGUCUUCUUUAGAUGGAGGAGCUCUUUUUCUGAAACCCAGCCCGAGUAUUUUGCUAGUGUUCAGAGACACUGAGAUGAAACAAAAAGAGGAACAAACACAAGACAUCUAUUUUUAGAUUAGGCUGCACUGUACUGUGUAACAGUAUUUUGCACUAAAAGUCCUCUGCUUGAAAGUCAACAGUGUCGUAACACAAUGCCCCGGUGGAAAAUUCAGUUAAUAAUUUAAUACAGCAAAGGUAAUUUAGAAGAGAUCUUUUAUAAGAUUUAACAGUCGGUGUCUCUGUUCUUCAGACAAGGCCUCGUCUCUUGUUCACAUGUCCUCAAGGGGUAGGAUAUGUUGGCAUUUUUCCAACAUAUUUAAGGCCAUCUUUCCCUGGAUCACCACCUCCAGCACUCUCAUCCUGUCUGUUACAAGAAGCUAUACAAAUCGUAAUAGUAGUCAGUCUUUACCCUCUGUAGCCUGCUUACGGCCAAAUAUAAGACGCUAAAUAUGUUCCAAUUUUCACCAGCGCGGGGCUAGAAAUGGAAGCUGAACUAUUUAUAAAAUGUUUCUAUUUACAUUUGUUUUUUAAGGGGAACUCUAAAUCCUGUUGGUGUUGAAAGGUUGUUUGACUCAAAUGGGCUUAAAAAAAAUACAUAAGGGGGUGGAUGGGGGUUUUAUGCAUUGAGUUCAUGCUAUAUUUACUGUAUUACAUUAUAUACACAUGACUUGACAGUCUGGUCUAACUUAGUCUGUCCUUUGACCUUUGAUGUGUGAAUGGAAAACAGUUGUAAGGCUUUACAGACUCACAGUAUGAGGCCCGAGGGGAUGUAAGAUGUAAGAGAGACAGUAAGGUCAAAAGUGGUAACAGGUUCUUUGUACAGUUUGUAAUUACAGAUCAGGAAACAGCUUCAACUCCUUCUUCAUCUCUUAUCCAUACAGAAAGCUUAUUUUACCUCAGAGUGUUGGAAUAGCUCGCCCUAUUUCCAGCGGGGUGAGAGUUAUGUCACCAGUGCUUUGAUUCACGGGCUGAAGAUUGCUACGACCCGUCAAACCAUGAAUUUCGUGGGCCAGUUGGCGGGCCAGGUGUUUGUCCAGGUCAAAGAGCUGUACCGAGGCCUCAAUCCCGCCACCCUCUCUGGCUGCAUCGACGUCAUUGUUGUGAGACAGCCCGAUGGCUCCCUGCAGUGCUCGCCAUUCCACGUGCGCUUUGGCAAGCUGGGGGUCCUACGGUCCCGAGAGAAAGUGGUGGACAUGGAAAUCAAUGGAGAACCAGUAGAUCUCCACAUGAAGCUCGGAGAGAACGGCGAGGCGUUUUUUGUGCAAGAAACAGAAAAUGAUCAGGAAGUGGUUCCCUCCUACCUGGCCACCUCUCCUAUCCUAUCAGAUGGACCUGUUUUGAUGGGGAAGAUCUCCGGGACACCCAUACAGAAUCUGUGCUCCGUGGCAAGCAAUGGCGAGAACAGUAACGUGAUGAUGAAGAAAAGGAGGAAAAGGAGGAGGAAGGCUCGGGCGGACAGCCUGAGGAGAGAGGAAAGUGGAGACUACUCCGCGGACGAAGACAUGUUCCCCAUAGACAUCAGCUCGGAUGAAGUGGCAGAAAUAGAGAGCAACAGGUCUUCAUCUCGGGAUGUCUCUAGAGAUGAGAACACAGUUGGUUCGACCAACAGUUCUUUCAAACAGGCUGGCAUGUACACUCGUUCAGAUGGGGAGUGGAGUCCCAUUCAGAGUCCUGGAAACUCUCGCCCCACAUCUCCCAAGAGUGAUUCUGAGCUAAUUGGCAAACCGUCAAACACAGACAAUCAGAAUCCAGAAAUGCACUGGGCGUGGGGAGAGCUGCCUCAGGCCGCCAUGCCAUCUGUCCUUCCACUGAAGUCCAGCCCUCCACCAGUUUGCCCCGUAUCUAUCCCGGUGUCUGAAAGCACGCACUUCCGUGUGAUUACGCCUGAGGUGUCUUCGGAACAGUGCGGACCCUGCUCGGAAAUACCAGCACUGCGACUGCUGAUGCCGACAGAGACGAUGCACACAGAGGAAAUGGUCGAUGCAGAAUCCAUUGGGAUGGAGUCUCAAACGGUAACUUCGGCGAUGCAAGUUACAACAGUGGGAGGCGUGGCAGCUCGUAUGGUGGCCGACAUGGAGGACACUUCACUUCGUCCACAAGGCAAAGCAGACUCUCCGUCAAAGAAAAAAGAUAAAAGGAGUCGCCAUCUUGGUUCUGAUGGAAUUUAUCUGGACGACAUCACUGAGCUUGAACCGGAAGUGGCAGCCCUUUAUUUUCCUAAGAGUGACACUGGUGCAACAGUGAGGAGCAUCUCGGAUCCGGGCCUCCACAGCACCAGUCAGUCUCCUCAGUCUGUAAGCUCUGGAGGAGACAGUGGAGUAGACAGUUACUGCGAUCCCAUGUCUGACCUGCCAUCAAUUGCCAUCUCUUUGUGUGGGGGGCUCAAUGACAACAGGGAGAUCACGAAAGAGCAAUUUUAUAAGAAGACCGUGUCCUAUCAGCAGUUCACAGAGAACCCCUCUAUCAUCGACGACCCCAACUUAGUGGUGAAAAUUGGCUCAAAGUACUAUAAUUGGAACACUGCAGCUCCGCUUGUGCUGGCUAUGCAAGCCUUUCAGAAGCCUCUGCCAAAGGCUGCAGUGGAGAACAUCAUGAAGGAGAAGAUGCCCAAGAAAGCAGGAAGGUGGUGGUUCUCCUGGAGAAGCAAAAACAGCAGUGCCAAAUCGGAUUCAGCCUCUGAGCGUGGGGCCUGUUGCACUGCUGAGCAGGUUGGGAAUAUGACAAGCAGACUGAAAGAAGAGUCAUCCUCUAGUGAUGAGGACCACCGGGAAGCCAAGCAGAACUCUUCCCUCAUACAGACAGAGCCGGUACUCACAACGGGAGGCGUGUCUUAUAAGAAAACUCUCCGACUCACAUCCGAGCAGCUGCUGUCUCUUCAGUUGCAAGACGGGCCUAACGAUGUCGUGUUCAGCGUCACCACUCAGUACCAGGGAACCUGUCGCUGUCAAGGCACCAUCUACCUCUGGAACUGGGAUGACAAGAUAAUUAUCUCCGACAUAGAUGGAACCAUUACCAGGUCAGACACAUUAGGUCAUAUCCUGCCCACACUCGGGAAAGACUGGACACACCAGGGGAUUGCUCAGCUGUACCACAAAGUCAGCCAAAAUGGCUACAAGUUCCUGUACUGCUCAGCCCGAGCGAUCGGCAUGGCUGACAUGACUAGAGGUUACCUCAACUGGGUCAACGAGAGAGGCACUAUGCUUCCUAUGGGCCCCGUCCUCUUGAGCCCGAGCAGCCUCUUUUCAGCUCUGCACAGGGAGGUGAUAGAGAAGAAGCCGGAGAAGUUCAAGGUAGAGUGUCUCACAGAUAUCAAGAACCUCUUCUACCCCAACAAGCAGCCGUUCUACGCAGCAUUCGGCAACAGACCGACGGAUGUAUACUCGUACAAAGAAGUUGGGGUGUCACUAAACAGGAUUUUUACAGUGAACCCCAAAGGGGAGCUGGUGCAGGAGCACGCCAAGACCAACAUCUCAUCAUACGUACGUUUGUGCGAGGUCGUUGACCACGUGUUUCCGCUGAAGGCCCGAGCGUCCUCCUCUGACUUCCCCUGCUCGGACACCUACAGCCACUUCACCUACUGGAGGGAGCAGUUCCCCCUGGUGGAGAGUCAGGAAACUACACCUCAACAGACCGCCAGCUCCAGCAGCUGACCGACUACCUCUGGCCUUUGGAGCAAGGACUGAAUGAUGGUGUGCUUGAGAUGUAGCAGAGGGUUGGAGAAUGAUGUGUGCGAGUGUAUAAUUGUUGAGUUUUUGUUUUGUUUUUUCAACA